AUGGCGCCGUCACAGGGCGAACCCCUCCCCCUCCCAGCUUCGGCCGAGGAGGUUAAAGACAUAGACAGUUUUUAUAUGAUGAUAAGCAAACUUACCUCCUGCAUCAGUACCGCGGUAAACGUAGGGAAGAGAGUGACCGCGGCUAAUACGCGACUUACUAGCCAAGCUGCUGAAGAAAUUAGAACUGUCACACGAUCUCUCCUUUCCAUCAAGUCUGUCGCCUCCUCUAGCACACCAACAUCAAACAGCGAGUUAAAGGAUGAGAUCCUCGCACGUGUGAGGGAGGAGAUUGCCAGUGUUAAAAAACUUGUCUCAGCCAACAAGUCCUCUUACGCACAAGCAGCAGCAGCGACUCACGGGGUUCCUGCACCUGCUGGGCCAACCGCCCUCCGCAGCUCCCCACCAGCGACUAAACCGGCGAUCAUAGUUAUCCCGACCGUCGAGUUCGACACGGAGACUCAACGCAAUGACACCUUAACGAGGCUCGAGGGAAAAACUGAAAUUAAGGCUGAACCCGUACGGAAACUGAGACCCAUGGUCAUAUUAAAGGGCAUAUCAAAGGAUGUUCCUGCAGACGAUCUGACAAAAAUUAUUAGACAGCAAAAUGAGGAAAUUAACGAAAUUAUCAGUGAUGAUGGUGAUGGCCUCAAGCUAAGAUUUAAACGGAACAAUAAGAAAAAUAACCUGUAUAACGUGGUUCUUCUAGUUGAUCCUAAGUGCAACCUCGACAGAUGUAAGAAUUUACAACAUGAGAUUCUUCUCUCCUUUAUGGCCGGUGAUUAUGACAUCGCCCUCAUCUCCGAGCCAUAUAUUGGUUCUGGAGAACAGGACAAACUGCACAUACACAUGAUACUCACAAACAUACUCGAAUAUGACAUUUUUACCCUGAACGUUGAACCUGAACCUGAACUAACCAAUAUGAUCCACUCUGCAUGUCGAGCCAGCAUGCAUGUUAAAAGCCGGGGAACAAAGCCCAAGGCUCCUUGGUGGACGGAGGAGUUGGAGACCCUCAAGCGGGAGGUGGUGGACUUACAUCAUCAGCUCCACGCUGCCAAGCGCCAGGGUAUGCCUCUGGAACAUAUUUUAGAAACGAGGAAACAAAAAAAGGAACUAUACGCCAACAAGAUGCAUGAGGAGUCGACUAGGCAUUUUCGUGAGUUUUGCGGAUUGCAAACUAAGGAAAAUGUCUGGUCACUCAUGAACAGACUCCUCAAAAAUGCCACCCCUAGGCGCCCACCAGUCACCCUCAAUAGGGGCUCCACCUACACCACAGAUAGCCAGGAGACUGCCAAAGCACUCCUUGACCACUUCUACCCCGAUGACUCACCAGAUACCUUAACGCGACAUCACGAGCUCAGAUCAGAAAUGACCGACCUUCCUCAGUCCCACGAUGACCCUCCCUUUACCCAGGAGGAAGUGUUAGAGUGCUUAAAACAAAUGAGCCCCAAGAAAGCUCCCGGACUUGAUAACCUCACAUCCGACAUAUGUCUGCAAUUUGCAACAGAUUACCUUAGACUUCUGACAGAUAUACUGAACCGUUGUCUUAUACUCCAACACUUCCCUGACCAUAUUCAAUGCCCUAAUAACAUCUUUGGACUCAUCCAGGAUUAUGUCCGCGAUCGGGUAGUCAUCCUUGACUAUGCGGGGAGGCGAGUCACCAAGACGAUGUCUAAGGGCUGCAUACAAGGUUCCACGUAUGGGCCUGUUCUCUGGAAUAUCAUACUAGACGAGUUGCUCGAUGUGAGACUUCCAGCGGGCUGCCACAUACAGGCUUUUGGGAAUGAUGUCGACACGGCCGCGAGUGUCGGCGAGCUGGGGAGUGCUGCCAAUUUGGCUCUCCACCAUAUAGUCGAUUAUGGAAAGAGCGUCAAGCUGGCCUUCGGUCCCACUAAAACUAAGCUCAUUGCCUUCACUCCCAAGGCUAAGGUAGCCAGCAUUAACAUGGACGGACACCGUCUUUCCUUUGUGCCAGAGGUUAAGCUGUUGGGAGUCAUCUUAGACGAAAAAGUAAACUUUGGGAAACACGUGAAACAUCUUAUCAACAAGGCCGUGCGAAUCUUCAACACGCUUUGUAUGUACUCGAGACCCACAUGGGGAGCCCAUCCUGAGAACAUCAGUACCACUUACCACAAAGUGAUCGUGCUAACUAUCACCUACGCUGCUGGAAUUUGGGGACACGUUGCCCAGAAAAGAUGCAUCAGGAGGGCACUCGGGAGCAUGCAGCGCGGAUUUGCCAUUAAGGCUAUUAGGGGAUUCCGCAGCGUAUCUUCAUCCGCGGCCCUCGCGUUAGCCCAGUUUAUGCCUCUGGACCUGAAAGUGUGGGAAGUUUGCGCUAUGGAAAGAGCUCGGCUUCUGGAUCUUACCAUAAAUGACACUCGUAAGUGUCUCAAUGAAUCAGAAUGCAAGUCAAUCUUGGAAAAGGAACCUUUUGAAGAUAUUGUGACUCUUGAUAAGUACAGGCCUAAUAAUAAACCAGAGGAAUCAUCCAGUUCUUUAAGUUCUUCCUGUGAAGAUGAAGUCCCAGUUGAUGAAGAUGACAAUGAGGUAAUACCAUAUGAUUCUCCUAUAGGUAUAGCUAUAGUCAUACGAACGUCACAGGCCGCAGCUGACUGA